AUGACAGCCGCCCCGCUGAUCCUGAACUGCGGAGUUCUGAUCUUGCUGAUUAAGGAGAAGGCUCUGCGUACUCCGUUCAAUGUGUACGUGAUUGUUUUAUUAUGCAGCAACAUUCUGUAUGUUGGGAUAAACAACAUCACGAUGAUUAUGACGCCGGUGGGACAUUGGUGGAUUGGCGAUGGAGCGUGUACGGUUCAGUUGUACUGCCGGUACAUUGUCAUCACCGUCAUCACCCACAGUCACGUGCUGAUCAGCAUUAACCGCGCCUGGGCGCUGUACUGGCCGGUGUCGUACAAAAACAAUCACACUUCUACCGUGGCCUGGCUGCUGUGUUUCGGGAUGGUUGUCUAUGUCCAUGUCUGUCAGCUGCCUGGACUCGUGAUGGACGCGCUGUACUACCGUAUGCCAGUUCAGACACCACAUGUAGAAAAUGUCAUGCACAUUUCUGUGGAAGUAACCGGCAAAAUGGCGGAUAACGAAGGUCACGACCAAAAUGGCCGGUGUGCGCAAAUAAAUGCUGGUUCUGUCUUGGUGGAAUAA